GAUACAUAGAUUGAAGGGAUUGCCCCAUUUUAGUAAUUAGUCAGUUUUUGUAGAUAUACAGAGCAUUACGGAAAGCAGAUGGCAGCUAGAAGGGCUAGAGAUGGAAUUGGAGAAAGAACACAACAGCAAAGACGAGAUGGAGACGCAGAGACUAUGGUCCAGUUCAAGCAAUACGUCAAAGAGAUGCAGAAAAGUCGCGGAAGAGCUGUAGAGAUGAGGAUUGCCGUCUUACUGAGCAUUGUAGUUGCUUUGAAAUUCUUUUCUGUUUCACCAAUGGACUUGGACACUGCUGUACUCCACAGAGUAUUCUUCUUUCUACUUAUUGCAAUUCUUAUUAUUCUUUUUACAACUUGGCUGGAUUAUUUUCCCAGUAAAAUCGAAACAUUUGAAAUGAGGCCGGCAGGUGGACAGGGACUUCCAUUGGCUUGUCUAUUACCGCCAAUGACUUGCAUUGCUUUGUUAUCUCAUAUCAUUAAUCAUCAGCCAGCAUUGAUCCAGCUUGUUUCUCUUUACCUUGUCCUCUGCUGUACUAUUUCAAUAGCCACAGUUCUACCAACCUUGCUCAAUUCUGCUCCUUAUCCUAAUUCAAUAAUUAUUUACAAUCUAUUAUUAAUUAUUAUAGUCUUUGUCAUUAGCAAUGUUUUACAAGUUCCUUCUCUUCCACUUUUUCUACAUUGCACUCUUUAUAGUGUUUUUGUUCCAUUUCUGCUUUAUUCCUUUCCAAAGUCAUUCACUCUCUGUGAGGUAUCUCUCUUAUGUCAGGGAGUCAGUCUACUGGUGGUAGAUACUACACUAUUAAUGCUCAUUAAAUUUGAUUUAUACGAAUUACCUGAUGUAUUUUCUGUUGAAAGAAGCACUUCAUUUCUUUUUCUUGAAUUUGGGGUCACUGGGUUCAUCUUGUGCUGUUUCCUUUUCUCUUUCUUCCUCUACAAAUUAGCUUGUACCAAUGAGUCUUUUUACAUUCAUGCCUGGUCUCUCGGCUUCUUACAAGUUUCUUUCCUUUUUGCUUUCUUUGUUGUAUUGCCCUCGCUUGGCCUCGUAAUGGAUUCAUCUCCAUUCCCGUGGCUAAUCGAUUUUUUAUUUUCUUCUCAAGAAAGAACCUUAUUACUCUGUUACUGGAUGUGUGUUGUAUUCCUCACUUCAGUCAUAGUAGUAGCACAAUCGGUUCAUAUUCCAAGUCUCUCUUGCCUCAAAAGUGAAUCUCCUUCCUCUCUCUGGAUGAGGAAAUGGUUCCAUUUGCUAGCAGUUGCAGUGUAUGUCCCUGGCCUAAUGUUUGAUCCACUUUUACUCUCCGUCUCCUCAUCUCUAGUCACAGUGUUCUUCAUCGUCAUUGAACUAAUAAGGUUAUUUGGUAUAUGGCCUCUUGGUGACGCUAUCAAUAAAAUGUUGAUCCCGUUCACCGACGAGCGUGAUACUGGUUACCUGAUACUAACGCAUACUUACCUACUAUUGGGAUUCUCAAUACCAAUCUGGCUUUACCCUCUACACCAAACUAAUUCAGUAUCACAGUUAAGCAUGUAUUCUGGUGUCCUUGCUCUUGGAGUGGGUGAUUCUAUUGCAGCUGUCUCAGGGACGCUAGUUGGGAGACACAAGUGGCCUGGGACGAGUAAAACGUUUGAAGGGACCUUCAUGUCGGUUGUAUGCCAAUUUAUAGUAGCAGCUGGAGUCGUUUAUACAAGUAGCUCUGUUCCUCCUCUCUCUCAUUACUCCUGGACUGUCCUUGGCUCAAGUAUAUUAGUAGGAUCGGCAAUGGAAGCAUACACGCAUCAGAUCGAUAAUUUACUGCUAGGGAUUGUUCAGUAUGUUGUAUGCAUAGCUUUCUUAUGAUAGAGAGAAUUAAUGGACAGUACAUUGAAGAGCACUGUGCUUAGCUACUAAUACUAAUCAUUACUUUUUAACUUUAAUGACAAAUAAAUUAAUAUUUCUAA